AUGUAUUUAAGAGACACGCCCCUCAUAUUAUACAUUACAAUUCAACAUUCCUUAUACCCCCUCUCUCUUUGUCAUUCUCUCUUUUUCUCUCUCUCUCUCUCUUUGUCAUUCUCUCUUUUUCUCUCUCUCUCUCUCUUUGUCAUUCUCUCUUUUUCUCUCUCUCUCUCUUUGUCAUUCUCUUUUCUCUCUCUCUCUCUCUCUUUGUCAUUCUCUCUUUCUUCUCUCUCUCUUUGUCUCUCUCUCUUUUUUUCUCUCUUUUUCUCUCUCUCAUUCUCUCUUUUCUCUCUCUCUCUUUGUCAUUCUCUUUUCUCUCUCUCUCUUUUCAUUCUCUCUCUCUCUCUCUUUGUCAUUCUCUCUUUUCUCUCUCUCUCUCUUUGUCAUUCUCUCUUUUUCUCUCUCUCUCUCUCUUUGUCAUUCUCUCUUUUUCUCUCUCUCUCUCUCUUUGUCAUUCUCUCUUUUUCUCUCUCUCUCUCUCUUUGUCAUUCUCUCUUUUUCUCUCUCUCUCUCUCUCUUUGUCAUUCUCUCUUUUUCUCUCUCUCUCUCUCUUUUGUCAUUCUCUCUUUUCUCUCUCUUCUCUCUCUCUUUUCUCUCUCUCUCUCUUUGUCAUUCUCUCUUUUCUCUCUCUCUCUCUUUGUCAUUCUCUCUUUCUCUCUCUCUCUCUUUGUCAUUCUCUCUUUUCUCUCUUUCUCUCUCUCUUGUCAUUCUCUUUUUCUCUCUCUCUAUCUCUUUGUCAUUCUCUUUCUUCUCUUUCUCUCUCUUUGUCAUCUCUCUUUUCUCUUCUCUCUCUCUUUGUCAUUCUCUCUCUUUGUCUCUCUCUCUCUCGCUCUCUCUCUCUCUCUCUCUCGCUCUCGCUCUCUUUCGCAGUUUCUUCUCCAGCAAAAGAGAUGUUACAUGAUUUUUGUCCCCCUCUCGAGAAACAAGAACUCCACAGGGAAAACAAUUUAUCGCCAUUUCUUCUUCUUCUUCCGUCAUUUCUUCGCCUUCUUCUCCAGUAAUUUCUUCUUCUUCAAUCAUUUCUUCUUCAGCCAUUUCUUCUUCUUCAGUCAUUUCUUCUUCUUCAGCCAUUUCUUCUUCUUCUUCUUUUCUUCUUCUUCUUCUUCUUCUUCUUCUUCAAUCGUUUCUUCUUCUUCAGCCAUUUCUUCUUCUUCUUCUUCUUCUUCUUCUUCUUCUUCUUCUUCUUCAGUGAUUUUUUAUUUAGUAAUUUCUUCGUCUGUCAUUUCUUCUUCUUCUCCGUUUCUUAUUUUUUCCACUUACCGUUUAUUUUCUUCUUCACUACUUCUUUUCUUAGCAUCAGCUUCGUUCUUUUUUCACUUUUUCUUAGCCGUUGUCUUCUUCUUCCCUCCCCCAUUUUCUCCUCAUCGUCCCUUUCUUUAUUUUCCUGUUUUUCGAUUUCAGCAUUUCAUUUCUUUCUAUUUUCUUCUAAUUACCAUCUUUGCGUCAUUCUCUCAGCUUUUAGUUCUCGACCUCUGUCUCAUCACUCCUACUCACGCAAGAGUUGCACCAUUUUCCCGCUUCACCGAUUGGCGUUUCUUAUUUUCUUCCUUAUUCUUCUCCUUCCUUAUUCUCCUCCUUCCUCAUGCUACUCCUUCCUCUUCUCUCUUGAAAUUAUUCUCUUCGUCGUUUUUCUCGCCUUCGUCCUUGUCUACUUCAAUCAUCGUCUUCUUGAUAAAGAGAAAAAGACUAUUUUGCUUACACUAA